CCGGCUGCCCAGCCGCCGUCAAGUCCGGCUGCCCAGCCGCCGUCAAGUCCGGCUGCCCAGCCGCCGUCAAGUCCGGCUGCCCAGCCGCCGUCAAGUCCGGCUGCCCAGCCGCCGUCAAGUCCGGCUGCCCAGCCGCCGUCAAGUCCGGCUGCCCAGCCGCCGUCAAAAAGCCGCUGGAUGCACAACACAACACCUUUGGAGGGCAUCGUCAGCAACACAAAACUCCUGAGUCUUCACAGACACGUCAUCAUGUAUUGAGGCAACAAACUACUAAGAGCCCACAGGAUCACCAAAUGAGACGGAGGCAAAUGCUCACAUCUCCUGAAACUAUGACAGCUACCCCAAGAAUGGAUGCACAACACAACACCUUUGGAGGGCAUCGUCAGCAACACAAAACUCCUGAGUCUUCACAGACACGUCAUCAUGUAUUGAGGCAACAAACUACUAAGAGCCCACAGGAUCACCAAAUGAGACGGAGGCAAAGGCUCACAUCUCCUGAAACUAUGACAGCUACCCCAAGAAUGGAUGCACAACACAACACCUUUGGAGGUCAUCGUCAGCAACACAAAACUCCUGAGUCUUCACAGACACGUCAUCAUGUAUUGAGGGGUACACAUAACGAACACUCUUCUGUCAGACGGAGAAUUAAGGAAUCCUUCUCCAGGCCAUCUGGUAGAACCGAAAGAGUAUUGUCUUCAGUCCCAAAUUCAUCCCAGUCCCAUCCCAGGACACCCCAAUCUGCACUCGGGACAGAGCAUAGAAAUGAGUGUGGCACCAGACCGUCAAGGAGUGCUUACCCCAUGUCAACUGCAAGAUUCCAAAGGAAGGUGUUUUCUAUGCUUUUAAGUUUGAAGGAAGAACUGCAGCAUAUUGCUGGCAUUCUGGACCCCGCAAGUCUACAUCUUCCAUUAAGAUGCUGGAUUCAGAAAGUGACCUAACAGCCUUCGAAGAAUACAUCAAAGAUGAUGAGAAGAAGGGGAUUUGCGUUCAGCAACUGUCCAGAGUGGGUGGAUCGUCUGUCAAAGACUGUGUGAACAAAGUCAUGAACAGAAUCAUGUCAAAUGCGUUAAUGGCGAAAUUCAAUAUGAGGGGUGGUGGCCAACUUGAAAAGAGGCCUUUUAAAGCUACACAUUUAUACUGCGUAAUUCAAGAUGCUGUGAAGAGGUGGAGCCCAAAUGCUACAGACUCCGACAUAGAUGCAGCAAUGGCAGAACACCUGAAACAUGCUCCAGGAAGAGCUGGGGGUGGAGGAUACAAAAAAUGACCAAUUAGUUUAUUAGCCUCUAAACAUGCCUGUAUGUUGUAAUACAAUUUUACACACGCAAAUUUUGUUACUUUGUUAAAUUGAGAAAAUGCUGUAAAUGUUAUAUUUACAAUAAAAUGCUGUGCUAAAUUAAAA